CUUACCGCCGGCAAGGUCAACCGAGGCAUGGCCGACGGCUCUUCGAUUUUCACACACACAGCCGGUGGAGCCCUUCCAUAUACCUGGUCGCCUUUCACAUUUUCCAUCUCUUCCAACCCUAUAUUCCAUGAACUUCCGGCACCGCGCUGCCGCUGCUUCCACGGCCAGCUCCGGGAGCGGAGUGCGGGAGGAUUGCUGGAGCGAGGACGCGUCGGAGGCGUUGGUGGAAGCGUGGGGCGACCGUUUCCUCCAUCUAAGCCGCGGCAAUCUCCGGCAGAAGGACUGGAAAGAUGUGGCUGACACCGUGAACGCCCGGCAAGACGCUGUGGGAAAUCCACGGAAAACCAGUGGCCAAUGUAAGAAUCGAAUCGAUACCCUUAAGAAGAAGUACAAGCUCGAGAAGUCGAAGCCGGGGCGUUCCACCUGGCCCUUCUUCUCCCGACUCGACUUCCUCAUUGGUCCUUCACCUGAGAAGCCGUCCCUUAGCAUUAAAGUCAAGCAACGUAACCCUAAUUCUAGCUCUGCAACGCCUCCUCCUCCCAGUCUGGUAUUGUCAUCCUGGGGCUCGUCAAGGGUGCGGACGAAUUUGCCUGAUGCUACGCAGAGUUCUCGCGAAGUUAGUGGAGUCGGUUACGGCGACUUUGAUGGCGGGGAGGAUAUGGACAGGAUAGAUGAGGAGGGGAAAGUUCCGUUGUUUGAAUCUUUGGCCAUUAAGAAAAGGCGGACGUCGUGGCGUCGAUCGGAUGUUUUUUCAGCUGGGGAUGAUGGAGGUGGCGGAGGGGAUCAUGGUGACUUUAGAGAGCUUGUAAGAGCCAUUGAGAAGAUUGGUGAGAUUUACGAGAGAGUGGAGAGGUCAAAGCUGCAGCAAACAAUUGAGCUGGAGAAGCAGCGGAUGGAAUUUGAGAAGGAUAUUGAGAUACAGAGAAUGAAGGUGUUCAUGGAGACGCAGCUUGAGCUUCAUAGAAUGAAACGGCACAAGGAUAAUUCUGAUUCUGGGAAAAUGUCAUAGCAGAUCAUUGUCUGAUGUCUUUGGAGCCUUCUCACCUAUUAACUAUGAAAAUCUGCUCUCCACGUGGCAAAGACAUUGGUGGAAGAGUUUUUUUGCUGGGAAUUUUUUAAUUAUUUUGCAAUAUGUAUGUGAUAUUAGUUUAGUUUAUGUUAUCUGUAUUAUAAUAUAACUUGAUUUGCAGUCUAAUCUUUACUUUUGCCCUGUAUUUCUGAAUCCUGCUCUGCAAUUGCUUUGGCUAUAUAUCUGAUUGAAAGAUAUAGGUAGUUCACAAA